AUGCUGGAGCCGCUGCGCAAAGAUAGUGACGAUGGUGGUGUCUACUGUGUCCAGUUCUGCCGGCUGGACCUCCCAGCUGUCGUCGACCGAGUCUGUAGCAGCAAAGUGCACACGCUCGAGCUGCACAGCGUCGGCCUCACGCACGCCGCGCUGCAGACGCUUGCGAACUCGCUGUCACGGUGCCCAUCGCUCACGACCCUCGACUUGGGAGGCAACCCUCUCGUCGGCGACGACGGCGCACGCGCCAUCGCCGACGCGCUGCGACCUGCGUGCGCUGUCACCACGCUGGCGCUGGACGGUGGCCGCAUCGGCGACGCCGGAGGCACGAGUCUGGCUCGCCUUCUCGGCGCCCCGGCCAGGCCGCAGCAGAUGCUGAGCGCAUUCAACUCCCAACUAGCUCCGCAUACGUUGCUGCUGUAUCAAUUGCACCACGAGCGAGUCGCCGCAGUCGGCAGCACUCGGCAGCAGUUGGCAGCACUCGCUGUCGCGACACUGCAUUCGCACCUUUGCAGCUGCUGCACGUAG